AAAUAAUUAUUUGGACAAUACUGUACAUGGGUGUUUGUGUUUUUUAAAUAUAAGUAUAUUGUUUAAGAUUUAAAAUUUUAAUCUCUAAGCAAGAAAGUUAAAGUAUUUAGCAAUAACUACAUAGUAAUAAAUGAACAGCUCUUUUUUGGGUAUUGGAGUUACUGCAGUGAAUUAGUGUCAUCCUUUGUUCUUCUAGUUUCCUUUAGGCAAAGUUUGUGACCACUCAUUUCUCUGUUUUUUGUAGCCAAAGUGAGAACUGUCAAAGUGGGGUUAAAGGGUUUUUCAGGGUUUUCUUGAAAAUUUUGUUUUUGUGUUGUCAGCUUUGUCACUUAACUAUACUGGUGUUUACAUUUGAGUUUACUUUUAUAGGAUCUUGAUUUGUCACUCAACUAUACUGGUGUUUAUAUCUGAGUUUUACCAACUCUUAUAGGAUCUUUGUUAGUAGAUUUUCUUGGUUUGCUAUAGUGGAGUUAAAGUUAAAUUCAGCACUCUCUUGACAAAUACCGUUUGAAGCAACAGCUGCCGGCUGAUUGAUAUUAGAGUUGGACUUUUGGAUGAUUCUGAUGACGCUUAAACCAUGGCUUGCCAUCGCUAUACUAUUUUCUUUCUGUAUCUCAAAUGUAAUAGGUGCAUUUGUUGGAGUAAACAUCGGGACUGAUGUUACAAAUUUACCCCCAGCUCCAGAUGUGGUUGCACUCCUUAAAGCUCGUCAAAUAACUCACGUGCGCCUAUUCAAUGCCGAUGCUCAUAUGUUGAAGGCUUUAGCCAAUGCUAGUAUCGAAGUUAUUAUCGGUGUUACAAAUGAAGAAGUCUUAAGGAUAGGAGAAUCUCCGUCAGCUGCAGCUAAUUGGGUAAAUCAAAAUGUUGCAGCUUACAUGCCCGGGACAAAUAUUACAGCUAUUGCUGUGGGAAGUGAAGUUCUCACAGCAAUCCCAAAUGCCGCACCCGUUUUGGUUCCCGCUAUGAAUUACUUGCAUAAAGCAUUAGUGGCUUCGCGACUAAAUAACCAAGUUAAAGUUUCAACUCCGCAAUCGAUGGACGUGAUUGCUAAGGCAUUUCCCCCUUCCACCGCCACUUUCAAUUCUUCAUGGAACUCAACAAUCUUCCAAAUCCUUCAGUUUCUAAAGAACACAAACUCAUAUUACAUGUUGAAUGCUUAUCCGUAUUACGAGUACGUUCACUCGGCUGGAAUUUUUCCGAUCGAAUACGCUCUUUUCCAGCCGCUCUCUGCAGUGAAGCAAAUUGUUGAUCCGAACACCUUGUUUCACUACGAAAGCAUGUUUGAUGCUUUAGUUGAUGCUACGUACAACUCUAUGGAAGCGUUCAACUUUUCAGAUAUUCCAAUUGUUGUGACAGAGACGGGUUGGCCAUGGGAUGGCGGUUCCAAGGAGCCAGAUGCUACUAAGGAAAAUGCGGAAACUUUUAAUAAUAACCUUAUUCGGCGUGUUUCAAAUGAUACCGGUCCGCCUAGUCAACCGAAAAAUCCGAUCAACACCUUUAUUUACGAGAUGUUCAAUGAAGACAAAAGACCCGGGCCUAUCUCGGAAAAAAGCUGGGGGAUUUUUUCUACAAAUGGGACUGAGGUUUAUUCCAUUAGUCUGGGUUCGUCUGGCGGUAUUUCUGAUAAUUCUAGUGCAGUUUUUUGUGUAGCAAAAUCGGGUGCGGAUGAGAACAAAUUGCAAGACGGAAUUAACUGGGCUUGUGGCCAGGGACGUGCAAAUUGCAGUGCGAUUCAAUCUGGGAAGCCUUGUUAUUUUCCGGAUACUUUGCAAAAUCAUGCUUCUUAUGCUUAUAAUGACUAUUAUCAGAGAAUGCGUAGUGCUGGUGGAACAUGUGAUUUUGAUGGUACAGCAACAACGACAACGAAAGAUCCGAGUUCCAAAACAUGUAAAUUUACAGGAAGUUCGCAUCCAGGUGGGGUGUUCCCUCCUGCAGCAUUUGGACCAAUCGGUGCGAUUUCUCAGAGUUCAACGAUUCGAGCGCCUGUUAUCAUGUCCACAGUGGCUGUAUUUUUUGCUUUGUUGAUGCAAAUGUGAAAUGCACAUUUUGUUUUCUAGCAUGAGCUCUUUGCCUUUUUUGGAUUCCCUGGUAUUUUUGCAGGAAAACUGAACCAGCUCUGUAGUUUGUUAGUUUAGAUGAUUGAUAUUUGUCUGACACUCAACUAGAUGAUUGAAUUCCAUUUUUUUUCCUUGUUGGUGAAAA